CAGCAGCCUUGUCAGAGGAAGGAGGGGAGAGCUUGCCUCCUAUCCCUACACACAGCAGAGCUGGGAGGUGCCUCUGUUUGCUGGGACCACCAUCACCUCUAUAAUGAGAUGGAGGGGUCCCUGUGAAACCUAGGCAGCAACAUCAUCAUCAUCAACAGGAUCAGCCCUGGGACCCCUGCAGGUGUGUUCUAUCCAUUUUUAUUUCUUUUUUUACAGACAGAAAAUUUGCAUCCAGGGUGGGGGAGGGAGAGGAAUCAGGUGCACGGAUCCUAUACCAGAAAAGGAAGAUGCAUCUAUUUCAAGGCUCAGCCUUGGCGACCAUCCAUACCAUGGACGUAACCUCCGUAUAAACAAUUACCUUAAUUACCAGCAGGGAUGGACUGUUAGGAUCUGCCGUCAAUCAAGUACUUGUACGUAGGCAAGGAUGCCCUAACCCCCCGCUGAUUCAUAAAUCUUGCAUGUUCUCGGUGGGUAAAUGAUUGCACUGACUGUAUUUGCAGAAAUUGGUGUUCUUGCACGUCAUCUUGGCUUGUUGUUGCUGCUGCUGCUGCCGGGGCCCAUCAACAAGACAGCUAUGAUUGUAAAGGGCGCCGAAGAAGAGGAACGAUAAGAGAUUCGCACAGGAUUGGGGGGCAGCAAAGUCAGAUGGAGAGCGGCGCUGCAUUCCCUUGGCACAGAUAUCAACCCUUAUAGCAAUAGCAAGGUUGCUUGUAUAUACUGUACAUGGAGACGCGCAUGUAGCAUUUGAUGUAGACAUUUACCUAAAGUAUCAACUUAAGUGAAGAUAAGUGCACUGUCCUUUCAAGAAUUUAACCUUUUAUUUAUGUUUUAUCUUAUAUAUUGCACUAAUAACAAGAAAAAAAAAAGAACAAGGACACCCCAAUUUAUUGAUCGACAGUCAACUCUAUACUGAUUCCAUAUUGUCUUAAAAAAAAAAAAUCAAUGCACCUGAUUCCUUUUUUAAGGAAAGGAUAGAAAAAGCUAAAAAGGGAUUUAUUUCCCUAGAAAUCAAAAAAGGUGGUCCACUUCUUUUAUUGGGUGCUAUCCUUGGAGUACCAGACCAGCUGCCAAGAUGAUGGAGAUCCAGAUAGACGAUGGGGUGGUGUACCAGGAUGACUACUGUUCGGGGUCGGUUAUGUCCGAACGGGUGUCGGGGUUGGCAAAUAGCAUCUACAGGGAGUUUGAACGUCUGAUCCAGUGUUAUGAUGAAGAGGUGGUCAAAGAGCUGAUGCCCUUGGUGGUCAACGUGUUGGAGAACCUGGACGCUGUCUUGACUGAGAACCAAGAACAUGAGGUGGAAUCGGAGCUUCUGAAGGAGGAUAACGAGCAGUUAUUGACGCAGUAUGAACGGGAGAAGGCCCUGAGGAAGCAGGCGGAAGAGAAAUUUAUUGAAUUUGAAGAUGCUCUUGAACAAGAGAAGAAGGACCUCCAAUAUCAGGUGGAAAGCUUGGAAUUUCAGUCCCGGCAACAGGAGCUAAAGACCAAAAAUUAUGCUGACCAAAUUUCCAGAUUAGAAGAAAGGGAGUCGGAGAUGAAAAAGGAAUACAAUGCCUUACACCAACGGCACACUGAGAUGAUCCAGACGUAUAUGGAACACAUCGAACGAUCAAAACUGCAGCAGGUAGCCGGAAACAGUCAGUCAGAGGGUGGCGUCACAGGCAGAAGUCACCGUCAUACAUGGAGAAAGAGCCGAAAGGAGCGCCCAACUUCGCUAAAUGUCUUUCCACUGGCGGAUGGAAUGGUACGUGGACACAUGGGUGGCAAAAUCACCCCAAGCUCGGACCACUGGCACCUGAGUGACCUCAGCCAGCUAAAGUCCAGCUUCAGCUACAAGGAUGAGAUGUCAGAAUCUGGCCAGUCCUCAGUGGCAGCAACACCAAGCACCACAGGUACUAAAUCCAAUACCCCGACUUCAUCCGUCCCAUCGGCCGCCGUGACCCCGCUACAUGAGAGUCUCCAGCCCCUUCAGGACUACAGCUUGGCUGGAAAAAGCAAGAGGUCUCGAGAGAAACGACACAGCCAUAAUAUGGAGGUGCAAGUGACCCAGGAGAUGAGAAAUGUCAGCAUAGGCAUGGGAAGCAGUGAUGAGUGGUCUGAUGUCCAAGAUAUUAUUGAUUCCACCCCAGAACUGGACAUGUGUCAGGAUCCAAGACUAGAACGUACAGGAAGCAGUCCAACUCAAGGCAUUGUAAACAAAGCUUUUGGGAUCAAUACUGACUCCUUGUAUCAUGAGUUGUCCACGGCAGGGUCAGAAGUAAUUGGUGAUGUUGAUGAAGGAGCAGAUCUACUUGGAGAGUUCUCAGUGAGGGAUGAUUUCUUUGGGAUGGGAAAAGAAGUGGGCAACUUACUUAUAGAAAACUCCCAGCUUCUUGAAACCAAGAAUGCAUUAAAUGUGGUUAAAAAUGACUUGAUUGCAAAGGUGGAUCAGCUAUCAGGAGAACAGGAGGUUCUUAAAGGGGAGCUGGAGGCUGCUAAGCAGGCCAAGGCUAAAAUGGAGGCACGCAUUAAAGAGCUGGAGGAGGAUCUUAAGAGGGUGCGGUCGGAAGCCAUUGUGGCCAUGCAAGAACCCAAAGAGGAGGUGGAUGAGAGCUCUUCCCCGCUGCAGGAUAACAUCCCUAUCGCUCAGCGCAGGCGCUUUACCCGUGUGGAGAUGGCUCGUGUCUUGAUGGAAAGGAACCAGUACAAGGAGCGUCUCAUGGAACUGCAGGAGGCAGUCAGGUGGACAGAGAUGAUCAGGGCCUCCCGGGAACACCCGUCCGUCCAGGAGAAAAAGAAGUCCACCAUCUGGCAGUUCUUCAGCAGACUGUUCAGUUCAUCAUCCAGCCCUCCUCCUGCAAAGAGAUCCUACCCCCCUGUCAACAUCCACUACAAGUCCCCAACACCAGCUGGGUUUAGCCAGCGUCGAAGCCACACCAUGUGCCAGAUAUCCACAGGGGGGCGCACCAUAGAGUUCUUCCCCGAUGAAUUGAGAAGUAACACUGUGGCUUCUCUCCUCAGCGACUGCGCAUCCUCAGCUCGCCGUGAGCAAAAACGGGAGCAGUACCGCCAAGUGCGGGAGCAUGUGCGCAACGACGAUGGUCGUCUGCAGGCCUGUGGGUGGAGCUUGCCUGCUAAGUACAAGCAGCUGAGUCCAAAUGGAGGCCAAGAGGAUAAUCGCAUGAAGAAUGUUCCAGUGCCUGUCUACUGCAGGCCUCUUGUGGAGAAAGACCCCACUAUGAAGUUGUGGUGUGCAGCUGGAGUGGAUUUAACUGGUUGGAAGCCAGUUGAGGAGGAAUCUGCACUUGGAGUCAAAGCAGUAACUGGUCGGGAUCCUCUGACAACUGAAUCAGAAGUGGAAGGGGAGAGCAAGAGCACACAUACGUCACCGGAGAAGAAGAAGACUAAGGAGCUUCAUGAAGCUGAUGCCACUUCCAGCCGUGUAUGGAUCCUUACCAGCACUUUGUCUACAAGCAAAGUUGUCAUCAUUGAUGCCAAUCAGCCCGGCACCCUGGUAGAUCAGUUCACAGUCUGCAACGCUCAUGUGCUGUGCAUCGCCAGUAUACCUGCUGCCAGUGACAUUGAUUACCCACCGGGCGAGAUAUUUCUGGAGGCAGAUGUCAACCCCGAGGACUCAGGUGACACUGACGGGGUCCUGGCAGGAAUCACCAUUGUAGGGUGCGCCACUAGAUGCAAUGUGCCACGAAGCAACUGUUCCUCUCGGGGUGAUACCCCAGUACUGGACAAGAGUCAGGGGGAGGUCUCCACAACCAGUAAUGGUAAACUCAACCAGCACCAAUCAGCGGAGGAAGCCACAGAAGCCUUGGAAGUAUCAGAACCCACUACCAGUGAAGCAGAACCAACGCAGGUCCGACCAGGAGCCCUCACAGAGCAUGUUUUCACUGACCCAGCACCUGUUGCCAAUGGCAGGCUGUGCAGUGAAAAUGGACAUCUAAAACCAGAAGUAAACACAGCACAGCAAGAGACAGAGCCAAGCAGUGAGACCCCUGCAGGCACAAGUGCGACACCCACAAUGUGGCUUGGAGCACAAAAUGGCUGGCUGUAUGUUCACUCAGCUGUUUCCAACUGGAAAAAGUGUCUGCAUUCGAUAAAGCUAAAGGAUUCAGUAUUAAGUCUUGUGCAUGUCAAAGGACGGGUUUUGGUGGCUCUAGCAGAUGGGACUUUGGCUAUUUUCCAUCGGGGAGAAGACCGACAGUGGGACCUCAGUAAUUACCACUUGAUGGACCUCGGACACACACAUCAUUCCAUCCGGUGUAUGGCUGUAGUAUAUGACAGAGUCUGGUGUGGAUACAAGAACAAAAUACAUGUGAUUCAGCCCAAAACCAUGCAGAUAGAGAAGUCAUUUGAUGCUCAUCCUCGGAGGGAGAGCCAGGUGAGACAGCUGGCCUGGAUCGGGGAUGGAGUGUGGGUAUCGAUUCGGUUAGACUCCACACUCAGGUUGUACCAUGCACACACCCAUCAACACCUUCAGGAUGUGGACAUUGAGCCUUACGUCAGUAAAAUGUUAGGAACUGGAAAAUUAGGGUUCUCCUUUGUGCGAAUCACAGCUCUGCUUAUUGCCGGCAAUCGUCUUUGGGUGGGAACAGGAAAUGGAGUGGUCAUCUCAAUUCCCCUCACAGAGACGGUAGUCCUACAUCGGGGGCAGCUGCUGGGGCUGAGGGCCAACAAGACAUCUCCCACUUCUUCUGGAGAGGGAGCAAGACCUGGAGGAGACCGAGGAGUAAUACAUGUGUACAGUGAUGAUAACAGUGACAAGACUGCUGGGAGCUUCAUCCCAUACUGCUCCAUGGCCCAGGCACAGCUCUGCUUCCAUGGCCACCGUGAUGCUGUCAAGUUCUUUGUAUCGGUACCAGGUAAUGUUCUGGCCACACUGAACGGCAGCAUCCUGGACAGUCCGUCUGAGAACCCAGGCACCCCGUCUGCAGAAACCGAGGAGCAAAAACUAAAGAAUGUGCUAGUAUUAAGCGGAGGAGAGGGAUACAUUGACUUCCGUAUUGGGGACGGGGAAGAUGACGAGACAGAAGAGCACUCGGGAGAUGAUAGCAACCAGAACAAACCUGUGCUUUCCAAGGCAGAGAGAAGCCACAUCAUUGUGUGGCAGGUGUCGUAUGUCCCGGAAUAAACACACCCUUCGCCUUUUUCCCAGAAUGCCAAGACGCCUCCUGCUUUUCUGCACCCGCUGGAGAAAAAAAAACUGAGACUUGGACCCAGCACUACUGUAAACUCCUGAAUCUCCUCUUACAUCUCCUAUCUCAUGCUCCCAGCACCUCCCUCCAUUGCAGAGCCCACUGAAGCCACCACCAAGUCCUGGAAAUUAAAUCUAUUUCUACUCCAUUCUGAUUGGAUCCUGCCAGGAGAUGGUCUACUCAGUGACAGACAUGAUACAACAACUAUUCUCUGGGCAGAACUGGCUGGUCAUUGUCCUCCCAGCCCUCCUGGGUGUCUUUUGUGGCAUUACAUUGAAGAUGGGCACCAUCUUACUGUUAAUAGGAUCUGGUGUGAGAUGGACUUCUGUAUUGUUUAUGAGACUUUCUGCUUUGAUGCCAGAUCACUUUCUAUACUGUGUUUUAUUGAUGUUCAUCCCAAUCAAAUUCAUUAGAUACAAAUUACCAUACGAGGCUCAUCUUUUCCUAUACAUACACCAGAGGAGGUCUGUUUAUAAAGGGAAGCAAUAUACAGUAUAUACAUUCAUAUAUAUGGCCGCUAUUUUUUUUUUUUUUUCCAAGUUCAGUUUUCCCCUUUUGAAAAUUGUGGAUUAUACCGGGCUUAAAUAGAGCAACCAUCAAAAUUAAAGUGGAGCAAUGGUCUCACAUUAAAAUAAAAUAUGUGCUGUAGAGCUUAAUUAUAAGGGCAUCUUCACCUCCAUUUUUCUCUUAUUCCCCCUGCAAAGUCCCACAAAUACCUGUUGGUCCUGCUAUUGAAGUCAUCCUAAUGCAGAUUCCUAUGAUGUUGUGGCAACAAUGCUGCACUGCUCCUGAAUUCAGAGCAGAGUUGCCACUUUCAUAAGGCUGUAUCUGCUUGCACUACAGUGGGAUGAAAAAAUCCUAGGCUAUAUUUGUGUGCCUGUCUAUGCACUGUGUAGUGAACCUUAAAUACCAACAAAUACACAUAUGUGAGCUA